AUGGACAAUGAUGUUGUAUUACCGACGAAUGGUGUUCUGAAAAAAUGGACGAACUAUGUUGGCGGAUGGCAAGAUCGAUAUUUCGAGAUUCGCGAAGGAAAUUUAAUGUAUUACAAAUCAAAGUCUGAAGCACCUGUUGGAUGUAGAGGAAGCAUUUAUCUCAAAAAUGCAAUUAUAACGGCUCAUGAAUUCGACGAAUGCGAAUUUUCAAUAUCGAUGGGCGAAAAUGUGACGUGGUACCUAAAAGCGGAAAAUGCGGCUUCGAAAUUGUUGUGGAUGCGGUCGAUUGUUCGGGAAACUGUUCAAAACGACUCAGAUUAUAGUAGUACCAGCACUAAAAGUCAUUCGAGGAACCCUUCAGAAUCAUCGGUCAAUAUUGCAAAAAAUGAGGACGAUACGAAACUUUUCGCUUCGAAACUCUCCGAACUCGAAGCUUACAGAACAAUGUGUAAAGAUCAAAUGACUUCUGUCGAGCGCCUUCUGGAGCAAGGCGGUGCGAGUUGCAUUGUUCCUCAACCAACAAUUCUUUCCGUUAAAGCCACUCACCUCGCAUUAAUAGUUAAUAUCAAUCAUAUUAUUGACAUGGUCAAAUCUGCGAAGGUUGUAAUUCCCGAAACAUCUCGUAGUUCUCCGCCACCACGAGAACCUUUGCAUUUGACAAAAAGCGUAUCACAAUGCGAAAAUCGGCGUGAAUCAAUCUCUCGAGGCGGAUAUUCUUCAGAUGGGAACUCUUCGAUUAUGACAACAACGUCGACUGUCAUCGCUUCAAGACCUGAUGUUGACGUGACUAGUGAUUGUGAUGAAUUCUUUGAUGCUGAUGAAUAUGACGAAGCUGGUAGAUCAAAUAGUGUUGUGGAGAAUGAGAAACGUAAAGAAGAGAAGGCUGUUCAAGAAUUACCAAAACGAAAUAUGUUCCGAAAGAGUGAAACUCUUCAUACUGGACAUUAUGAUGACUUGGUAGUCAGCAGAGAUCAUCAUCUUUUCGACACCAUCGAUAAAUUGGCAAUGGAACAGUUAAGAUAUGCUCUCGCUGGAGUUGAGGAUAACGUUUGGUCACUCUUCGCUGAAGAUGGUCCGAUGCGUAUGUAUACUCGGCAAAUUGAAGAUGAAGGCGGCGUUCCUGUAGAUCCACUCAAAGCAGUUCACUGUGUGAAGGGUGUCACUGCUCUUGAGUUUAUGCACUACUUCUUCGAUGCUCGAUAUAAAUUGCAAUGGGAUCAUACUUUGGAAUCGAUGAGCGUUGUUGAGCAGAUCAGUCCCGAUGCGGUUGUGCUUCAUCAAAAACACAAAACGGUGUGGCCUGCAGCUCCAAGAGAAUCUCUGUUCGUUUCACAUAUUCGACGUGUCGACGAGCACAAACGAGACGGAGCCCACGAUUUGUACAUCGUUUGCAAUCGCGAUGUGAAGAGGCCAGAUGUUCCGCUUGCAUCUUCUUCAUCUGUUCGAGUAGGACUUACGGUUUCUAUGAUUUGCGAGACAAUUGUCAAGGAUCCUCAUGUCGAUCGGCCACUUAGCAGAGACGAUGUGACUUGUAACGUCAUUUAUGUUUCGCAAGUGCAUCCUGGCGGUUGGGUUCCAACAUCUGCCCUUCGACAUGUUUACAAGAAGGAAUACCCGAAAUUCUUGCGAACAUUCACCGAAUUUGUGCAGAAAAACUAUCGAAAUGAGGUUUUUAUUCCAAUAACUGUAAAAAGAGAAAAUCAAAUCGAUAUUGGAAUUUAUAUUAUUUUGGAAACACGAGAAGAUGAGGAGAAGUACCGAAUGGCAUUGGAUUCAGUCAAAUGUUACGCGAAAUAUUUCGAUUAUGAUUUAAUGAUCGCACAUGUAAAAAAUACGAAAGAAUUGGCGGAAAAGUGCACACAAAAAGAUUUUAUGUUCCGCCGCCAUUGCGCAUUGGCGAAGUUGAUGGAAUCUUCGAAGAAUUCGUGGAUUCUGUUUCUCGAUGCUGACAUGGGGGUCAUCAAUCCGAACAACCUUAUUGAAAAAUAUAUUCCCAAAGAUAAUUAUACAGAUUUCGUUUUUUAUAAUCGAAUAAUGAAUCAAGAGGUGAUGGCCGGUUCAUAUUUGGCGCGAAAUAAUGUCAACUCUAGGAAUUUUCUCAAUUUCUGGGCGAAUUAUGAGUCCAAAUUACCGAAUAGUUUUCACGGAAGCGAUAACGGAGCAAUUCAUAGUGUGAUCGUCGAAUAUUUCAUUCCUGAAAGGAAAUCACAAAGAGAAUUUUGCGAAGAAAAAUAUUGGAAAACAUCAAUUGAUUAUAAAUCAUUGACAAUUUAUACAGUUUGUAUUCAGAAAAUAUUGAAAUCAGCAAGAUUAAAGAAGAUUUUAAUUCUCGAAAAGGGAAGAUUCUCUUGGGCUCGUGACGGUUGGUUAUCCAAUUCAAUUUGGUCUCAAGAAGAUUUCAUAUUGCAUGGAUGGCAAGAAAAGCGACUUGACAAGAGAAUUUUCGCUGCUUGGCACUCACCAAUUGUUUACGAAUCGCCGUUUAACAUGGGAAAAUGUACUACUGCAGAAGCUCACUUGAAUUGGAGAUACAAGGAUUCGUUCAUAUCUACAGUAAUUGAUAUUAUGACCGCGAUAGUCGUCGUGUCCGAUGACAAACGGUCACGACGGUGCCUACUCCGUUCCUUGUGCAGAGUACGACUUGAGGACAAGUUUUUGGACUUGAUGGCGUGUCUUCGUAAGCUGAAAGAGGACCUCGUGGUGCUCGAAAGCAUCUUCCCGAAGCAGCAUCAAAGAUUCCAGGUUAUCAAUGCUUCUGUCGAUGAAGUCACAAUGAAGUUUAUAGACUCUAAUGGAAGAUCCAUUAUUAUUAAUGCAAAUAUUCAGGAAAACUAUCCACGUCAACCACCAAUUUGGUUCUCGGAAUCGGACGAUGUUCCAGCAGUCGGUGCCGCACUUCAGCGUCUCACAGAAACAACCGAAUCUACAAAUAUUCUUCAUCAAGUGCAUCGUCUCAUUUCGGAACUCUGCGCCUAUUAUAAUGUGUCAACACCGGCUGAGCUGCCACACAUUGCACCACCGCCAAGAGAAGAUGUCGACGAGGGACAAGGAAGCGAUGUUGGCGACGAAACUGAGGAUGAUGAGCAGAUGCUGGAUGAUUUUAAUAAUGGUGAUAGCGAAAUGGAAGAUGAUGAAAUGGGUGUUGGCGACGAGAACGAGGAAGAUGAACUUGUUCAAAUGGCCGAGGAAGAGCCACGAAGUAGUCAGGAUGAAGGGGUUCCAAAAGAAGGAUUGGAUAUGCUCGAUAAGGUUUCGCGCGUCAAUCGCCAACAGCAUUUAGAUGGCAAAGUCAAAGGAUCAGUGACGGCAACUGAUCGUCUUAUGAAAGAGAUUCGCGAUAUUUAUCGCAGUGAACAUUUCAAAUCGGGAAUUUAUUCGUUUGAGCUUGGAGAAAUGGAUAAUUUGUAUGAAUGGUGGAUUAAAUUGAACAAGGUCGACGAGGAUAGCUUACUUUACGCAGAUAUGCAAGUUCUCAAGAGUGAGCACAAACAAGACCAUUUGCUGUUUCAUUUUAUGUUCAAUGAUCAAUUCCCAUUCGAUCCACCGUUUGUGCGCCUCGUUGCUCCAAUCAUCACCAAUGGUUUCGUUCUUAGCGGCGGGGCCAUUUGCAUGGAAUUACUAACAAAAAAUGGCUGGUCUUCGGCAUAUUCUGUUGAAAGCAUUAUUCUUCAAAUCGCGGCCACGUUAGUCAAAGGAAAAGCGCGUAUCACUUUCGAUCACAAGACUGCGCCGCCUUAUUCACUUCUUCGUGCUCAACAAUCGUUCAAGUCACUCGUUCAAAUCCACAAUAAGUCCGGCUGGUACACGCCACCAAAAGGAGACGGCUAA